AUGAAACUCAAGAAAAAAGAUUUCACAGUGAACCACAUGGGAACAAUGACCAUAAUCCCUGAAGAACCUGACAUAUGGAUCCUCUACAAUAUCAUCAACCCCGGCGAUUACGUUACGGCCGAUACCUCCCGGAAGGUCCACCACCAACUCAACGACGCCAAAACCACCACCGCCUCCCGGGUCAAGCUCUCCAUCCACCUCAAGGUCACCUGCCGCGACUUCCACAAAGACUCUUCCACCCUUCGCAUUCACGGCCGCAACCUCGAGCCGAACAAUUACAUCGCCGUCGGAUCCUUCCACACCCUCACCUUGGAGCGCAACAAGCCCUUCGAGCUCCACAAGAAGCUUUGGAAGGACGACGUCAUCGAGGCUCUCCAGGAACGAGAGAACCACGAAGCUUGCCCCGAGGCGGAACUCGCAGUAAUUCUCUUUCAACAAGACCAUGCUGAGAUUUAUCUGAUCGGAAAAGGCGUAACUGCUAUGGUUUCGAAGGUUGAAACGUCUUCUUCGAGGAGCGGAGGAAGAAAGUCUUCAUCUUCAUCUCCUUCUUCUUCAAACUCAAAGAACGUGUUCUUCCGCGAGGUUUUCACAGCGUUCAUAAAGCACGUGGAUCUGAACAAAGUUAAGAACACUGUGAUCGCAAGCGAGGAUUCAAAAAAGGACGAGUUUCGAAGGUUUAUGAUAUCGGAGGCAAAGAGGAUGAAGAUGAGAAGCAUAGAAGAGAAUAUAGGAAGGAUCGUGGUGGCUGCAGGUGGUGGUUGCAACGGCGAUUUGAAGGAUCUUUUGGGAGAAGGCACGGUGAUAAACCUUAUGAAGGACAGCAAGGUAGGGUUGCAGAUUAGGGCACUGAAGAAGGUUUGGGACAUGGUUUCGAGUGACUCGGAUCGCGCUUGCUACGGACCUAAGAGUGUGGAGAGUGCUCAAGAGAUGGGAGCCAUUGAAACGCUUUUGAUCAGUGAUGAGCUGUACCGGAGUGAUGAGGUUGCUAUAAGGAAAAGGCACGGUUGUUUGGUGAAGGCGGUUAGGGAGAGUGGUGGGGACGCUUUGGUUUACUCUUCUAUGCAUGUUAUGGCAGAGCAGUUGCAGCAACUCACUGGUAUUGCUGCCAUUCUCAGGUUUCCGUUGCCUGCUAUUGAUGAUGAAGACAAUGAUGAUGCUUAUUAG